UUUUAUAACUGGAAGGGACUAAAGUUGGUAUUAGUCCAUUUCAUCAAGGGGAGCCAAGGCCCCCUUUGUGUGAAAGUAAUUUUGUCAUCUCUAUUUGUGCUUUGAAUAACCAUAGUUUUUAUUUGCUGCUUCAUUUUGUUAGUGUUGUUUACUUGUUUUGAAACACUGGUUCCUAUCUACACCUGUUUGAGUGUUGCUAGUGGAUUGUGAUAUUUGAUAUAGAGCUGAACUUGGAGGAAGGGAAUGGAAUUAUCAAUGUGAAAGCAGAGACGAAGCUAGAAAUUCGGUUUUGGGGGGUCAAAAUAAAAUUUUAAAAGUUUGGGGGUUGAAAGUAAACAUUAUAUUUGAAUAGGAUUUAAAUUGAAUAUUUUAUAACUGGAAGGGACUAAAGUUGCUAUUAGUCCAUUUCAUCAAGGGGGGCCAAGGCCUCUGCCUUUCCCCUUAGUUACGCCCUUGUGUGAAAGUAUAAGUUUUAAACGCUAUAUCAUGCUUCAUUUGAGCUUUAAGUAUUUGCCUGUUUUUCAAUGAUAUUUGCCGGCACUAACAAAUUUAUGUUUCUAUAUGUGUUUGCUACUCGGUUGGUUGUUCUUUUUUCCAGACCAAACAUGGUAUGUAAUGCUUACUACUUCUAAAUUGUGAUUUUCUAUUAACAUACGAACUCGGACAUGCUUAUACAUGUAUAUGCAUGUUUACUAUUACACCUGAUUUAUUUGAUUACUAAAUUGGUAUGCUUUUGUUUCUUAAGAUAACACUUAUGGGAUUUAUGUUCUUGGUUACCUCAGCAGUGCUUGGCUAUGUUUAUUCCCCUCACUUGGAUUCACCUCCACCAAGAUGGGUUCAUUUCGCUCAUGGGUUACUUCUAUUUUUAUAUCAGACUUUUGAUGCUGUCGAUGGGAAGCAAGCAAGAAGAACAAACUCCUCUAGUCCCCUUGGAGAACUUUUCGACCAUGGGUGCGAUGCGCUUGCAUGUGCGUUCGAAACCAUGGCCUUUGGGAGCACUGCUAUGUGUGGAAGGGACAGUUUCUGGUUCUGGGUAAUUUCAGCUGUUCCAUUUUACGGAGCUACAUGGGAACACUAUUUCACCAAUACGCUGAUCCUUCCCGUAGUUAAUGGGCCAACUGAGGGUCUUGCUCUGAUAUAUGUAAUGCACUUUUUGACAGGAUUUUUGGGUGCCCAUUGGUGGGUUGAACAAUUCGGAAGAUCCAUACCCAUCUUCAGUUGGGUACCUUUUCUUAAUGAAAUUUCAACAUACAGAGUUGUGCUGUAUAUUAUGAUAGCAUUUGCUGUUAUACCUACUGUCGGCUGCAAUAUACAAAACGUCCAUAAGGUCAUUCAGGCACGAAAAGGAAGCAUGUUACUUGCAUUAGCAAUGCUUUAUCCUUUCGUUGUACUCAUGGGAGGAGUGCUUAUUUGGGAUUAUUUGUCGCCUUCGGAUAUAAUGGGAAAUUACCCACACUUGGUUAUACUAGGAACUGGACUUGCAUUUGGGUUCCUUGUGGGACGGAUGAUUUUGGCUCACUUGUGUGACGAACCCAAGGGACUAAAAACAAACAUGUGCAUGUCGCUCUUGUAUCUUCCAUUGGCAAUUGCAAAUGCUCUUACAGCUAGGCUGAAUGAUGGUGUUCCUCUAGUUGAUGAUUUUUGGGUUCUUCUUGGUUACUGUGUAUUCACGGGAUCACUCUAUUUACACUUUGCCACAUCGGUUAUUCAUGAAAUUACGACAGCUUUGGGAAUUUAUUGCUUCAGGAUAACUAGGAAAGAGGCUUGAAUAUCAAGAAUGGGUGACAAAAGACUCAUUUUUACAGGUUUCCUCGAUGCCGAACCAGUUCAUAACUUUUGUUCAGGCAGAACAAGAAACGCUGCUGCUGAAGUGAUUCAGGUAUUUUUUGUCGAUGAUUGCUGUAGCUCAUCAACAUUGUUAUAAAUGUUUUGUUAGAAACAGGAAAGGAAAAUUUAGAUAUGCAAAACUCUUCAACCUAUGACUUUUGGUGUAUGAGUGAUUCAUUUUAUGAAAUCAAAGUUUUUGAAGCA